CAAUGGCUGCUCUUGUGUUGUAUAAUACAGUAUAAUGAUUGGGUUUAAUUACAACGUUCGGUGAAGGUUUAUGCAUCUUUUUCUUGUGAUUGUUACCCGAAGAUAAAGUUUUGUGUUAGGCGGAAUAGUGUAAAAUGGCCACAUCGAAAACAACAAACACCUACAACAGACAAAAUUGGGAGGACGCUGAAUUUCCAAUAUUAUGUCAGACUUGUUUAGGUGACAAUCCAUAUAUUCGCAUGACAAAGGAAAAAUAUGGAAAAGAAUGUAAAAUAUGCAUGCGUCCGUUCACAGUAUUCAGAUGGUGUCCCGGGGCAAGAAUGCGUUUUAAAAAGACCGAAGUUUGUCAAACUUGCAGUCGCCUGAAAAAUGUAUGUCAAACUUGUUUACUCGAUUUAGAGUACGGUUUGCCUAUUCAAGUACGCGAUGCCGCACUUAAAAUUAAAGACGAUCUCCCUAGAUCGGACGUGAACAAGGAGUAUUACGUACAAAACAUAGAUAGUGAAAUUGGUAAAAUAGAUUCGACGACACCAGCUGGUGCUGUUGGUAAAUCAGCAGCUGCCAGUGACUUGUUGAUGAAACUGGCAAGAACGAGUCCUUAUUAUAAAAGGAAUAGACCGCACAUAUGUUCUUUCUGGGUUAAGGGAGAAUGUAAGAGAGGUGAAGAAUGUCCAUACCGUCAUGAGAAGCCAACAGAUCCUGAUGAUCCAUUGGCUGAUCAGAAUAUCAAGGAUCGUUAUUACGGAGUGAAUGAUCCUGUUGCUGACAAAUUAAUGCGUCGAGCUGCAGCAAUGCCCAAGUUAGAUCCACCAGAAGACAAAUCAAUCACAACUCUAUAUAUAGGCAAUUUAGGGGAUGUGUUAACAGAAAAGCAAUUGCGUGACCAUUUCUAUCAGUAUGGAGAGAUACGUUCGAUAACGAUGGUUCCUCGUCAGCAAUGUGCCUUCAUUCAGUACACGCAAAGAAGCGCAGCUGAAGCAGCAGCAGAAAGGACAUUCAAUAAAUUGAUACUGGGAGGCAGAAGAUUGACAAUUAAAUGGGGACGCUCUCAAGGAAGACAAACUGUGUCAGCAGCAGAGGCGACCAGAGAGAUUCUAGAACCUGUACCAGGUUUACCUGGUGCUUUACCACCACCACCAGAAAGCAUGGGAAACAACUUCUUCAAUCUACAAACUACUCCUGGCAUGAUACCACCAAUGAUGAUACCUCCUCCACCAGUCGCCCCCCAAUUCAUGUUUCCGCCCCAGAUUGCAGCUGCUGCUGCGACGCCGAUCUUUCCUCCGGGAACAACCCCUAUACAUUAUCCGAGUCAAGAUCCAUCGCGAAUGGGUGCAUCUCAAGGCAUAGGAAAGCCCUGGCCCGAGGAAUAAUAAUAUUGUUUAAACUGUUUAAUCAUUGUAAUUACGACAGAGAAAUCCUGUAAAAAAAGAAAUACAUGUCUGACUUCCUUUACGUCAUUUGUGCUCAAUGAUUUAUAAUUUCUUAAGUCAACUCAGCAGUUAUUGCUUUGUAUUAACUUGAUAUUUUGUAAUAACA